UAAUACUCUGCAUAUGUGUUUAUAAAAUUACAUAAAUACCUUGAAUAAAAAGUAUCACAAAAAAUCGAGUCUUUUUUUUUUCAUUUCUUUCUUCUUUUAUUUAUCACCCAAACUCGUUAUUACAACAACUACUGCUACAACUCUUCACCUUCCUUUUUCAUCAAUUCCUCACGUUCAUUGACACUAUUACAAAUAUAAUUUCAAUAUGAAUGCUUUCCCUUCUCCACCAGCUUCACCCAUGAUGAUGACAAUGGAAGCAAGCAAUAACACUACUGGUGCUGCUUAUAGCAGCGAUAUGGACAAAGUAAUUUGUGGUUCCUGUGAUAGAGUCUUAUCCUCCGAUUGGUUUUGCUCAAGCUGUCAUAAAAAAUGCAGCACAUGUAAUCGAACAUUAAUAGAAUCUGAAUACUGUACACGCUGUUGGACUUUUGAUAACAAGAGCAACCAAUUUAUCAGAAAUCAGACAUUGACACGGCCAUCACUUCAACAUUUCUACCACUAUUACUAUCAUUACUAUGCUCUUCAUCAACCACAACAACAGCAGCAGCAGCAACAACAACAGCAACUGCAUCCGUACUAUUAUUUCAAUAAUCCCCAAUUCUAUGACGAAGAAGAAGAAGACGAUCUUAGCUCUGUAUCGACUGUUUACAGUUCUUAAGUUGCUCAAACUAUGAUUAAUACAAUACCAAUCCUUAUAAUCAUACCAAUGCUCUUACCAUUACUAUAAUUCUAAUUAUUUAUUUAACAACACUUUCAUUGUUCUGGCCUUUUCUUGUUGUUUCUCUCAACAUUGAUCAGAACAGUAACACUAUAAUGCAAAAUACCUGUCUUUACUUCUGAUUGAAGUUGAAGGAUUUGAAACAAAAUAUUAGUGCCUCUUUCUAAUAAAGGGGCACCUUGAACAAUAAAAAAAAAAGCUU